UGCUACAGCUUGUUAACAAGGCCAGGUUGUGACACAAUAAAAGUGAAUGGAAAUGUUCUACCUCUCACUUCAAUUUAUACAUUUGUCACAAAUCCCAGGAUUGAAAAUCUGCAAUAUAGCCUUGCCAAUGUGGAGCCAGCGUCUGCAUCAUCCUUGUUUAAUUUAACACAGUUUGGAUCACUUCUGGUUGCAUCCAGGGGCUUCACGGCAAAGGAUUCAAAUAAGAUUUACAAGGUGAAUGUCAUUAUUAAAGGAAAAGAAGACAGCUGCAAACAAUGUCUACUUAUCCGAGUGCAGCCAAGAUACUUUGUAAACUUCACAAACAGUACAUAUUAUGCUCGGAUUAAUGCAAACACUGGCCCGUUAUCAUAUGUCACCAACGUCACAGCAAAGGGUGUACAGGUGUUUUAUGAGAUAAUAAAUCCCAACCGAGCUUUUCAAAUCAAUCAAGUAACUGGGACAAUAAGAACAACAUUCAACCUUGUUUUUGACUCAAAUAAAAACCAAAACAAGAAGUAUGCAGUGACAUUACUAGUCCGAGCGUACAAUAGAAUACAUGAAGUCAGUGCUACUGCCACCGUCAGCAUCACCGUCUUGGAGGCCAAUAACCUCCCUCCCAUCUGUUCUCCAGACCUUGUUGAGAAAAGUGUUCCAGAGACGACACCGCUUCAGUCAGUGCUUUUCAUCCUAAAAUGCAAAUGUUAUGAUGGAUCAAAUUCUUCACUCUCCUAUCAAGUUGUAACUAAUAAGAACUCUAAAGAUAAAUUCUCAUUGGAGGAUGGACUGUUUAAGGUGAAAAAUACCCUCACUUAUGACUCUGCAGAAAUGGCGAGUGUUAACUUUGAGUAUACUGCCAGUAUCAUUGUAAAGGAUGUUAGAUAUCCUGAACUGUCAGCUGUUGUGAAAGUGUACAUUACAGUGACACCAGUCAAUCAGUACUAUCCACAAUGCCACCCUCCUUUCAGUCAUAAUAUAAAAAAAAAUUCCCCACUGAGUUAUAUAGUGGGGAGAGUGAAUGCCACGGACCGUGACUGGAGAUUUAAUGAUCUCCGCUACAGCAUUAUUGGAGGAAACCCCUUCCCACCACUGUUCAUCAUAGAUCCACAUCUGGGUUUUAUUCAGCUCAUCAAUACCCUUCAAUACGAGAAACGUUCUGUUUAUAAGCUGGAAAUUCUUAUUGUGGAUGUGAAUCAGGAUAUAAUUCCAGAUCCUAUAAAUCAGAAAACGACUAAUUGCACCAUCACUGUGAAUGUAGAGGACACCUCCAUCACAUGUUAUCCAUGGUAUAUAAGGACAACCAUUUGCUCUACAUUGCCUACACGUAGUUCAGUGGCAAAUCUUAAUUGCAAAUCUUGGAAUUCAGAUUUCUCGUAUGAAAUCACUGGUGGCAACACAGAUCAAAUGUUCCUUGUUGACCAAGGAAACAUCUUUACAAAGAAGACUUUCAAUUUUCUCUAUCCUGGUAUCAUCACUCCUCCAAACUAUGAGGUCCUCGUAGUGGUGUCAGAUAACUCACAGCCAUACACCUCUGCAACAGCAACAGUGGCGAUCCAAGUGGUGUACUGCACCACCACGACUGUGACAACUACACACACGACCACGCACACCACCAGAACAACCCGAAUUGCAACAAUGGUGGAUUACUACUGGGCUCCAGACCCAUGGUUUGUUGCUUUGAUGACAGUGACUGGAGUGCUUCUCCUAUUGCUCCUGCUCUUCAUUAUCUUAAAGUUGCUCAGAAGGUAUGGCCUCUGUCUGCCACCUCCUGAUGAAGCAUGUAAACCUCUGCUUCAAGAAAAUUCAUUCACUAUUAUAAGAAAUGAACCAAAAAUUGAAAGCAAUGAGUCCAUUGAAACAGGGGUACUUCAGACAAUUGAGGAUGAAACAACGAUGAUAGUAAACCAGAUUCCCACGGAAUUUGAUGGAAAAGCAGUUGACCCUCUUACAGGAAAAGAGUAUCUCUACAAUUCAGUUACUGGAGAGCGUCGCUGGAUUUAAAUAUACAGCUUUUUUUUUUUUUUUAAUUGCUUAUUACUGAUAUAAUUUGUCAUAUAAAUAUCCAUGUGUGUUUUUAAGAAAUGCCAAGCAACAGUUGUCAUUUAUUUAAUUUAUUUUUGAAUUGGUUUUGAUCUAUUUCCCUAAAUAAAUGUAUAUUCAUUGGCAUGAACGUAUCAUUUUAUGUGGAUGAAGAACAAUCAAGUAAAAGAAGCCAAACUGCCAAUAAAAUGCAUUGCUCUGCAUCUGAUUCUUAAACAAAAAUGAGUACAUUUGACUCUUAAUAGACUUUAAAUUAAAAACACUUGAUCCAGGCUGAAGUAUUAUAAUUGAGCAAUUUUUUUCUUGUUAACUCAUUUCUGCAGAAAUUUAGAACAAAUAUUACUAUAUACUGUUUUCUUUUUAUUUUAGUACAAACUCUAUUUUAAUCUUCAAUAACAACAAUCAUGUUUCUUUUAUUUUUAUUGCAAUAAACAGUCAUUACAUUUUGGUGAAAUAUCAGAAGUUGGAAAUUAUUUUUUUUCCACACAGGAAGUAUUCCUUUGACACAUUUUUUUUGUUUUUUGACAUUUUUAAGAUUAAAGAAUUCACUGAU